AUGCCAGUUAGUGGCAUCGGCCAAGCCGUUGUGAAAGUGCGAUAUUCAGUGUCAGUGCAAUUAUCAUCUCGUUUCGGAUCACUUGAGCACAGUUUGGACUGCCUGGUGCUGCCAAAUCUAACCGUCAAUCUGCCAACUAGGACGGCAGACAUCAGUGCAUGGAAUGUCCCCAAACACUUGCCAUUGGCGGACCCACAAUUCAACGUUUGCAAUGGCAUUGACAUCAUCGUUGGGGCUGAGCUGUUCUCCAUGAUCCUCCUGGAAUACAUCAUCGCCGGAAAAGUACCGACCAGUUCACCUACAUCUGUUACGUGUCUAGUUUCUACUGUCGAAAGUCUAGACGCUCAAGUUAAGAAAUUCUGGGAAGUGGAGAACUUCGAUCAAGGUAAGGUUUACACUGCCUUGGAACAGCAGUGUGAAACCCAUUUUGCAAGGACGCAUAGCCGGAAUGCUAAGGGACGCUAUGUAGUGCGGCUUCCUGUUCGCCAAGAAAUGUUUCCUCUAAUUGGCGAAACGUGGUCCACGGCCGCUCGAAGACUCUACGCUGUGGAAAAACGCUUCCGUGCCGACGAUUCUCUUCGCUCCAGUUACGUGCAGUUCAUGGAAGAAUAUCAGCAGCUCAAUCACAUGGAGGAGGUGCAGACUCGCGUCGCGUUGCCCCAGUUUUUCUUGCCCCACCACGCAAUCUCUCGUCCCGAUUCAUCAACCAUAAAAACAAGAGUCGUGUUCGAUGGAUCACACUAA